AACAAAGAGAUAAAGAAAGAAAGAAAGAAAGAAAAAAACUCAAAGAACUCAAAAAAAAAAAAAAGAAGAGGAAAGAAGAAAGAUGUAUCAUCAAGAACAACAUCCUGUCGGUGCUCCUCCUCCCCAAGGGUAUCCACCUAAGGACGGUUAUCCUCCGGCCGGUUAUCCUCCGCCGGGAUAUGCUCAGGGAUACCCUGCUCAAGGUUAUCCUCCGCAGCAAUACUCUCAAGCUCCGCAGCAGAAGCAAAACGCCGGUAUGCUUGAAGGAUGUUUGGCUGCGCUCUGUUGUUGCUGUCUCUUGGAUGCAUGUUUCUGAUCGAAGGAUGAUGAUACGUUGUUGCCUCAGUCAACGAUUCUAUUUCAUAUAUGUUAUGUAAUGUUAAAAGACAAGAUUUUCUUGUCUCGUUCAACAAUCUCUCUUCUGUUGUUAUCUUCUUUCAAUUCGAAUUUGUCUUUUAACUUUUUGGUA